GAAGAAAAAAGCUAAAAAGCAUAAUUAUUACAGCAAAUUCAGAAAAGAAAAUAAAUAAAUAGAGGAGGACAUCCAUCAAAAUCAUCUUUAAUUUUGAUCGAAAUGGGACACGGCCAAGAAUUCAAGACCAGAACCGAACCCCAUAUUGAGAUUCUGGAAAGAGGGGAAAUAUACUUCUUUUACAGGCCUAAAGUAGACAAAGAAGAAGCUCAUAGCCCAGAUGACGUCCAAAGCUUCUAUAUUGUACUCAGGCCGGACCUGGACCUAGAUCCGGAGGACAACCCCCCUCACUCUGGCAAGGAAGGUCAAGCUAAACCUUCUAACAAAAAGGAGGAAGUAAACGUGGAGACGCAACCAUUGCCGCGCUUAAUUAUUAUGGGGCGGAAAAGCCUUCCAGAUCCCAGCAAGAAAGGCCGACCUUAUUGGGGUUUCGUAGACAUGGUCACCACUACAAUUGAAGAUGUCAAGAAUGCUCUUAAAGGAGGGGAGUACGAUACUAGAACAAAAGGACACCGCCACAACCCCCCUGGGAGGGCAUUAGGAGAAGGCAUUUAUCGCAUCCUAAGGCACAAUACCGGCAAAAAAACACACACCCAUCUGAUUUACAAGCUUGAAUUACCGCCAGAAGGGGAUAAGAAUGAGCCACAAGAAUCACUCAACGUAGAACGCGAAGGCUCCUUUCUGAUUCAAAUAAAGAAUCCUGAUCAGCAGCAGCAGCAACACGGCGACACUUCUUCGCAAUUUGGAGGAACUCGAAGCAAGCGCAAGGCAGCUGUUUUUCCAGCACAUCUGCAAGGAAGUUUGGGAAUAAGGUACCAUCCAGCUGAUACACCGGAGUUUUUGAACUACGAAGGAUGCGAAUUCUUGCUCAUAUCAGCUUCCGAUGACAUAGAAGAAGAGCUGGGGUUGGAUCUAAAGACUGAAUGUGAAUCUGAGCAUUGUUCAGAUUUGGUGAAGACUUUUGGGGAGACUGUUUCCACCACUCCUCUCCUGAAAGGAACCUGGAUUUGAAUUUCCAGUUUUUGAAUUUCAUAUCUGAAAGUAGUGCAGCUAAGCACCCCUCCCUUUUGGUAACUGAAGUUUUGUUUUGCCUAGGUGCUAGGUGGUUGUACAUUUUGUCACUGUUGUGCUUAAACAUGGUCGUAGGUUUCGACUGGUUUGUGUCAUAUCGUUUGUUAUAAUCGCACUAUGUAUGGUGUUUGUAUCUCAGUUUUUUUGAAUUUUACCUAUUCUAUCUAA